AGGAAACAUAAACAUGAGAGAAGUGAAACACAGCCAUUCAUUCUGCUGUAAACCUGCUGUGUUUCAGACGGUGAAGAAGACAGCAGAAGGAAUUACUCCAGGAGAUACAACUGACAUAUUAUUAUAAAGAUGGAGUUUGAGGAAGAACCCUGCAGAAUGAGAGAUGGCGAUUCAGAGGAACAAACAGACUCGAUGGAAGUGUCUGGAGACAAACACCAUCGGAUUCAAAAACCUCGUCAUUUAAAGAAUGAAGAUGGAAAUGCAGUUGUUUCAAAGACUGAAGAGAAUGUCACACAAAAACUAGCUGGAAAAUCUGGAAAUCCAAUCGUUUCAAAGACUGGAGAGGAUGUCACACAAAAACAAUCUGGAAAAUCUGGAAAUCCAGUCGUUUCAAAGACUGAAGAGGAUGUCACACAAAAACAAGCUGGAAAAUCUGGACUCAAGGCAUUUUUCACCUGCACAGAGUGUGUAAAAUGUUACAUGCAUAAAUCAGACCUUAAGCGACACAUGAGAAUUCACACGGGAGAGAAUCUGUUCACAUGCACUCAGUGUGGAAAGAGUUUCAUACAUAAAAGACACCUAAAUGAGCACACGAGAGUUCACACUGGAGAAAGACCGUUCACAUGCACUCAGUGUGGAAAGAGUUUCAAGCGCAAAAGCGUUCUCACCUGUCAUCUGCGCUCUCACACUGGAGUGAAGUCUUUCAGCUGUGAUCAGUGUGAUAAAACAUUUGCUUUGGCAUCUAGCUUAAAAGCACACCUUAAAGUUCAUGUAGAUGUGAAGCCACACACUUGUUCUUUUUGUGGGAAGAGUUUUUUAGAAUUGCACUCUUUAAAACAGCAUGAGCGUGUACAUACUGGUGAAAGACCUCAUAUGUGCUUUGAAUGUGGGAAGACCUACACUACAUCCAGUGCUUUAAAAUCACACCAGAGAAUUCAUACUGGAGAGAAACCAUACGAGUGCUCACACUGUGGAAAGAGUUUCUCUUACUCCAAAUCCUUGAAAGAUCAUGAGAGAGUUCAUACUGGAGAGAAGCCGCACCAGUGCUCUUCAUGUGGGAAGAGUUUCAACCAAAUAUCUCAUCUACAGACUCAUAAGAAAAAGCAUUGCCCGAAGUUGCCUCAAUGAGCAAAUGACCAUGUUCAGAUCCAUUACUCACAAAUAAUACACUCACAAGUAAAUCAUUUAACAUUCAGAUUAAAUGUGCACUGUGGAACCUUUUUGUUCAAAUUUAAAUAACGAGUCAAUAUACAUCAAUCCUU